CCCCACUCCUGCCGCUCUUCUCACAGGACGAGCCACCAGCCCAGCCUCUCAGGAUGGCCUUUGUCCCUGCGCCAGGCUACCAGCCCACCUACAACCCGACGCUGCCCUACAACCAGCCCAUCCCAGGCGGUCUCAGCGUCGGAAUGUCCGUUUACAUCCAAGGAGUGCCUAGCGAGCACAUGAGGAGGUUCUUCGUGAACUUCAUGGUGGGGCAGUCCCCGGAGUCGGACGUCGCCUUCCACUUCAACCCCCGCUUUGAUGGCUUGGACAAGGUGGUCUUCAAUGCGAAACAGGGCGGCCAGUGGGGCAGAGAGGAGAAGAAAAGGGAAAUGCCCUUCCACAAGGGCGCCCCCUUCGAGCUGGUGUUCAUGGUCCAGGCGGAGCACUACAAGGUGGUGGUAAAUGGAAGUCCCUUCUAUGAGUUCAGGCACCGGCUCCCCCUCCAGAUGGUCACCCACCUGCAAGUGGAUGGGGAUGUGCAGCUUCAAUCAAUCAACUUCAUCGGAGGCCAGCCCCCGCCACACCAGCAACCUAGGGGUUUUCCGCCACACCCAGGUCCCCCCGGACAUGGCCACCACCAUCAGAAUGUCCUGCCUACCAUGGAGGGCCCCCCGGCCUUCAACCCGCCUGUGCCAUUUAUGAGGAGACUGCAAGGGGGGCUUACACCCCGAAGAACCAUCAUAAUCAAGGGCUUUGUACCCCCCACAAGCAGGAGAUUUGUCAUCAAUUUCAAGGCGGGAUCUUCAGGGGAUGUGGCUCUGCACAUUAACCCCCGCGUGGCCGAGGGCGUUGUGGUUCGGAACAGCUUUCUGAACGGCUCCUGGGGAUCCGAGGAGAGGAAGAUCUCCCACAACCCGUUUGGUGCUGGACAGUUUUUUGAUCUGUCCAUUCGCUGUGGCACGGAUCGCUUCAAGGUUUAUGUCAACGGCCAGCACCUCUUUGACUUCUCCCAUCGCUUUCCCGACUUCCAGAGGGUGGAUGUGCUGGAGAUCCAGGGUGAUGUCACGUUGUCCUACGUCCAGGUCUGAUCUAUUCCUGGGGCUAUAAUCCUUGGGAAAGCAGAAAGAAAGAUCCUGUAAGAUUCCUUCUAAGCCCCUAAUAAAAUGCCUGAGGGUGUCUCAUGA